UUAUCAUUUUUAUUUUGCGAAUCUGAUAACAGUCUUGAAAACACAAAAUUUCGCCGAACGCCGGAAUAAAAUUUGGAGCAAGGUGAAUAUGUGAGACUCUAUUUAUAAGUUCGGUAAUUUCGCUGUGCUUAUGCAGUUCCACAACACGUUCGAAAGUUGAAAAAUCAGUGUCUCGUAUUGAUAAAUCUAAUAAUAUGAUCUAAACGAAAAGCAGACCUGCUGACGAUUCGGAUCCACGAUGGCACCGAAACCCUCCGGUAAAAGUAGACCUUCGAAGAAUAAACAGAAAUCUAAAAGCUUUAGUUUUGCAAUUCCAGCAGCUAAAAACGUAUUACAAGAAUGCAAUAAGCUCUUAUUCGAUUGCGAUUACCUGCCUUACUCAGCUGCGUUAGUUCUCUGCGUAGAAUUACUCUUAAAUGUGUUCAUCAUACACCGUGUUCGUUACACAGAAAUCGAUUGGAAAGCUUAUAUGCAAGAAGUCGAAGGAGUCGUCAAUGGAACACUGGAUUAUUCCCAACUCAAAGGUGACACCGGUCCACUCGUAUACCCUGCCGGAUUCGUCUACGUGUUUUCAAUUCUGUACUUCAUCACCGGUAGAGGCAAUAAUAUUCUAAUUGCCCAGUACUUGUUCGCUUUCUUAUACCUGUUUACAUUGUACAUGUUGUACAAAAUCUAUUUCACUAGCAAAAAAGUCCCACCUUACGCUUUGAUUCUAUGCUGCUGCAUUUCCUACAGAGUUCAUUCGAUUUACGUCCUGCGAUUAUUCAACGACCCUGUAGCGAUAAGUUUAUUUUAUCUGUCUUUGAAUUUAUUUUUAUCCGGAAAAUGGACUUUGGGCAGUAUAUGUUAUAGUUUAGCUGUCUCGAUCAAGAUGAAUAUUUUGUUAUACGCUCCAGCUCUUUUUCUAACCUACAUCGUAUUAUUAGGACUGAAGAGAACUAUUCAGCAACUAAGCAUAUGCGCCGCAGUACAAUUAUUGUUAGGUUUACCUUUUCUCUUAAGCAAUCCCUAUUCUUAUAUUAGACAAUCGUUCGACCUAGGUCGAGUGUUUUUCUACAAAUGGACAGUGAACUGGAGAUUCGUUCCGGAAGAUGUAUUUUUAAAUCGUUACUUUCAUCUAAUGUUAUUAUCAGCGCAUCUUUCUCUUCUUUGCUUUUUCAGUAUACCGAUGUAUAGAUACGUGAAAAGCUAUCGAGCUUUGAAAGAAAUCGAGAAAGAUGUUAGACCUCAGCUGCAACGUAACGAAAUUGUAAACAUGGGUAGCAUUAAUCAGUUAUUCUUGUUACCUUUUUUCCUCUGUAAUUUCAUCGGUAUUGUUUGUAGUCGUUCGUUGCAUUACCAGUUCUACGUAUGGUAUUAUCAUACUUUACCUUUUCUAUUGUGGUCUACGUCUUUCUCGAAUAAAAUGCGAUUACUGUUGUUAGGUUUGAUUGAAUUAUGCUGGAAUACGUAUCCGUCUACUAAUUUAAGUAGUAUUUGUUUAUUUUUGUGCCAUUUUGCUAUUUUAGGUAAUUUCAUUCGAAAAUUCAAAAGUAAAAUUACACAUAAUGCUUAGAAUAAAGAUGUACAUACAGAUGUAAUGAAUUCUCAAAUUGAACAUUUUAAUUUGUAAAAAAUAGUAAAUACAAGUUUUUUAAUAUCACGUUGAA